AGCCAAAGUAAUUUCCUUGUUCCUCCCUUGUCUGUCAAUAUAAGUUUAAUUGUUUCCCCAGUUAGCACCCCCCUACAAGGCUGUCUGCUCCUCUCGUUAGUGGCAACUCUGUGUGUGUUUUUAUUUUUGCACACCGUUUGAAAUCCCCUCUUUGAUUGUCCCUCCUGAAUUUCCCCCGCUCAACCAUGAACGCUCAAACGCUUAAAGAGAGCGACAUCAACGAAAUGAUUUUGGGCCUCAUGGAGAAGAAGAAGAGGGGCACCGUGGCGAGGAAGAAGAAAGCGAAGAAAAGGUCCCCAAAGGAAAGCCUAACCAAGGAGGAAAUAAAGAGGUUGGCAACGCCGAGGCCACCUUCAAACGACAGGAGCAAAUGUACCGGGACGAGGAGGCGCACACGCUGCAGUACAUCAGAGACGCGGCUGCGAGCAAAGAGAAGGAGCUAAACGACUACUACGCGUACUGCCAAAAGUUUAAAAACGAAUACAAGACGAAUUUUAACGAGGCCCUGAAGCAGUCGGAGGAAAUGCGAAAAGAACUUUCGAACCUCCGAAGUGAGUACCAGGAUCUUAAGUUACUCCUUGAGGACCAGAGGAAAGUGGAGCUCACCGGCAUGUUCAAUUUUUACCAAAAAAAGCUGCUGGACAUCAAAGCCCACUGCAUCAGCCAGACGUUCUGCGACGAAAAUUUGAAAAACAUCGUCUACGAAAUUUUGAGGGUCAUCCAUUAGGCGGUCCGGGGGUUCUCCCCCAGCUAAUCCAGAUAACAGUAAUAAUAACAGUAAUAAUAAUGCUAAUCAGUACCUCCUUUUAACUUCCCUUUUCUUUUCCCUUUCGUCGCGCUCUUAAACGUCUGCACACCGGGGCAAC